GGAGAUGCCGAAUGGUAACUUCGCAAUCAACAACAACAACAACAACAACAACAACAACAACAACACAAGCUCGGUGGAGAUGCUGAAUGGUAACUUCGCACUUGGUAGUGCUUCAAGCAUCGGUGCUGCAAUGCCUGACAUUCAGAUGGGCAUUUCUGCCGAGCCAACACAGAUGCUGAAUGAUGGUGGUGCAGGCGGAGUUCUCCCUGCGCAAGCACAAGGCACAGCUAAUCAGGAAGCUGUUGAUGGUCAACUGAAUAUCGACAGUGAUGAUUUCUGGGAAGCUGUUAAUGAUUGUUUUUUGAUGGAUGACAUUUCUACCAGGAACAACAUGCUUAAUGAAGAUUUAUUAAUCAACGAUGUUAAUAUCUUGGGUGGAGAGCUGUAGUUAGGUCGUUAGCCCCUAACUUCCAGAGAGAUGCUCCUCUACCUGCUGAUUCUUGCACAUUCUGUGUGUGAAAUUGUGCUAGUCAGAAGGAGU